AGUUGUUGAUAUUUUUAGAUAGGAUUGUUGUUUUACAGGGGAUUUCUCUCACAUUCUAUAGGGUUUAAGUAUUCUUUUAUUUGAUAGCUGACAGAAGAGGAAAAAGUGUACCUUUUAUUAUUAAAACCGUCCACAAGGAUACAAAGACGAGAAGUAAACAAGUCAGGCGGUCUCGGACCGACGUUCACAAAAUCCGCGACUAAGUAGGAGUAUUUUGGUAUAUGAACUUCGCAUGGGUUUACCGUAAAAUAGUAUAAGGUACAUGAUAUGCGGCAAACAUUUUACUUAUUCAUUGCAUAAAAUAUAGGAAUCCUUUUAUAUCAGAUACAGAACAUGAAUUUCAGGUAUGACUGUCGUGUGACGUCAAGGACAUUAACCACCAACUUCCCAUGAAACCCCAGCAGAGCCUCAUUUGCCGUCACAGGAAGUCCUUUGAUAAAGAUGGUAAAUUCCAGACUAGCAGACGGCCUUGGACUGGACUUGUGAUGUUUUAAUUACUUUGUUGGCUGAUAUCAAGGUUUGGGACAGUACUGGAUGUGUAAAAGGGCUGAAAAAUUAUGUCAGAAUGUACGACAAGGCGUCUGAAUUAGUUUAUUUGUUGCCGUCCUUGUGACAUUUUCAAUUUUGUAACAGGAGGUUUAACGUUACAUCUCACCUUGUACCCUGAGGGGUAUUAUGAGACCGCUCCAAGGUUGUGUAGGGAGGACGUCCAUAUGUCAACUUCAAGUUCAACUCAGUCCUUCCGCCUGUGCCGUGAAACAACUCUCCAGAAGUCUUCAGAUGAAGUCCAUGCCGUGACAAGUUAAACUCCACCACAAUUGAUAGGGUCUUGAAGUAUGGAGCAACAAAUAGAACAACUGUUGACUUGUCCGGUGUGUCUGGACCGUUACAAGAAGCCAAAGAUCCUGCCCUGUCAGCACACCUUCUGUCAGGAGCCCUGUCUGCAGCAGUUAGCAGACCCAGUCCGCCGGAAGGUCAAAUGCCCGGAAUGCCGAGCCGUGCACAACAUACCUCCCAAAGGGAUUUCUGGUUUCCCCAACAACAUCACGAUUCUCAAGUUUCUGGACCUGCCCGCUGACGCUACGUUUAGCUCAGGGUCGGAGACUUGCCAGGUCUGUAGGAGAAUUACAGCCAUUUCAAAAUGUUUUCAUUGUCCAAAGAGAUUGUGUGAAACCUGCAGGAAGGCACAUACUAGCCAACUAAAGACAGACAUCGGACACCAGACAAGUCAACUCUGGAGAGAGCUACCUAAGUUGUCUGAAGCUGUCAAUCUUGUGGAAAAGACGGCGACCCACAUUAAACAGAGUGGGGAGAUGGUGAAGCUGGAUAUCAAAAGUUCUAUAGAUCAAAACAUUCGCAAGCUGAGAGAGCGGGAACAGAUCCUGUUGAAUGAGGUGGACUUAUUCCUGCAGUCAGAGCUACGCUUAUUGAAAGUGAAACAGGAGAACCUUGAAGUGGAGGUGGCGAGCAUCGCGAGUCAUUGUGACUCAGCGGAGUCAAGAAUCAGCCAAGCCAGUCCAAGUGGCGUCGCUGUCACUGAUGCAGAACUACUCAGCCUGCACAAGCAAGGGAAGGAGUAUCUGGUGCAGCUACAGAACACUACCAUUGACGCUGCAGUAGACGACUGCAAGACGAUCAAAUUCACCCUUCAGAACAGUCAAACCUUACAUUCCAACAUCGCCACGUUAGGCGAGCUGUCGUCAUCAGCCUUCAUCAUUAAUGCAAACACUGUAAACCCAAACUCUGUGAACAGUUCAUCAAACCCACCCCCCAGGAAUCCCAGACUGUCCCUGUCAAAUGAAGCGUUUCGAGGUUUGCCAGUAGUGGAGAUGUUCCGGACCUCGUCCCAGCUCCGGACAUCCCCCUCUGUUGUGAGACAGUCUCCUUCAGUUACAGGGAGUGUCUCGCCCCAGCAGGCUUCUCCACGCCCCAACCCCGUCCAUCCUAACAGUAACAGUAACAGUAACAGUAACACUGUUGGGAGAGUUUCCCACAUCUCCACAGUGGGGAGAACUGAACAGAACAGAGCCAGACCUGGUAACAGCUCACUCGAGUUCACCAGUUAUGAGGUCCCGUUGGAUGACUUGGUAUCAGAUUUCUCUCACGUUCAGAGGAGAAGCCCUACGUCGGCGUUCUAUCGCUCAAAAGGGUUGAUCCAGACCAAGUUUGGAUCUAAGGGCAGUGACCUGGGGCACUUCACCUGGCCGCGGGGGGUGGCCGUGUCUCCUGAGAACUACAUCAUCGUGGCCGACAGCAGCAACCAUAGAGUUCAGGUGUUCACCCCCAGUGGACAGCUGGUGCGAGUGUUUGGAUCGUACGGGACAGGAGAGGGAGAGUUUGACUGUCUGGCUGGUGUCACUGUCAACUCACAGGGCUGGAUUGUGACAGCAGACAGGUACAACCAUCGUGUGCAGAUCUUCGACAGUAACGGGCGCUUCAUUCGCCAGUUUGGGCAGGAAGGCAGCCGUGACGGACAGCUGAGUUACCCCUGGGGGGUCGCCACGGACAGAAUGGGCUUUAUCUACGUCUGUGACAAGGAUAACCACAGGGUACAGGUGUUCCGACUGGACGGUGCAUUUGUGCGAAAAUUUGGUCGACUUGGCAAUGGUAACGGUCAGUUUGAAAACCCACACUACAUAGCUGUGGCCAGGGACAACAGAGUCAUCGUCAGUGACAGCAGCAACCACAGAAUACAGGUAUUUGAUAAGUACGGGCGGUUUUUGUUAAAGUUUGGGAGUGAGGGGAGUGGAAAUGGUCAGUUUAAGUACCCACGUGGGGUUGCUGUGGACCAGGAAGGCCACAUCAUUGUGGGAGACAGCGGAAACAAUCGAUUACAACUUUUCAGGCAGGAUGGCAGCUUUCUCUGUGCCUUUGGGUCCUGGGGGAGUGGGGAUGGAGAGGUGAAAGGACUAGAGGGGGUAGCUCUCACGUCCAGGGGGAAUGUUGUGGUCAGUGAUAGGGAAAAUCACAGAAUCCAGAUAUUUUAGGAAAUUUUCUAUAAUUUCCACUGGUGUGAGUUACUUUAUAUUGAUGACUUCAGUCAAUAUCAUGAAGGAAAGAGACCAUUCCUCCAUCCCACCUAGAAUCAGUUGGCUUUCUACUCAUUACGUCCCUUCACUACCAAGCAGACAUGAGAGAACAGUUGAGAAUAUCCUUCAGGACACUUCUCCCAUACUAUAGUAGCAACCGUCGAUAUAUUUCAACUGUGCACUAGUGCUGUCAUCAAAGAUUCUUGAUAGAAUGGUAGUAAGGAACCAGUACUCCUGGAUUAUCUUUUACUCCACCUAGGCCACACCGUCUUAAUUUUAUGGAUGACAUCCGCCGCGCAUUGAUUUUUGCCUGUUAUAAAAAAACAAACAUUAUCCGAGGC